CUUCCUCUUAGAAAAGCACAAGCAGUGCAAGAGAGAAGCUUCAGCUUAAAGACAGAAGACUGACACAGAGACGACAAGGAAAAACUGUAUUUUCAGCUUCUCUGAGAAAAGAUGUCUUUCCAGUCCGAGGAGGAUCUUUCCUGUCCCGUCUGCCACGACAUCUUUAGGGAUCCAGUUUUCCUGAUAUGCAGCCAGAGCUUCUGCAAGACGUGUCUGAAGAACUGCUGGGCACAGAAGCUGGAACAGCAGUGUCCAGUCUGUAAGAAUAUAUCUGAACAGAGUGACCCACCCUGUAACUUUGUCCUAAAGAACCACACUGAAGCUUACUUACAGGAGAGGGAUCCGAGUGCUUCAGUGGAGUCUGAGGUUCUGUGCAGUCUGCACCACGAGAAACUCACUCUUUUGUCUGGACCAUCAGGAGCCAGCAUGUGUCAUCUGUCGUGAUUCGAGAGCACACGUCGACCCACAAGUUCAAACCCAUUGAUGAGACUGUGCAGGAUCACAAGAAAGAGCUUCAGAAAGCCCUGAAACCAUUACAGGACAAACUGAAGGUCUUACAAAAAGUGCAAGGAAACUUUGAUAUAACACAGCAAUGCAUUAAAUUCCAAGAUCAACACAUAGAGAAGCAGAUCAAGGAGCAGUUUAAGAAGUUUCACCAGUUUCUACACGAGGAAGAGAGGGUCAGGCUCACUGCUUUGAAGAAGGAAGAGCAAGAGAAGAGUCAGAAGAUAAAGGAGAAGACUGCAGCUUUGAGCAGAGAGAUGCCAGCUCUUUUACAAACGAUAGGAGGUGCAGAGGAAGUGCUGAGAGCUAAAGAUGUCUCAUUCCUGCAGAACUACAGAGCUACACUGAAAGGUGUCCAGCAGUAUCCCUCAACGGAUGAUCCACCGCUGGUCUCAAAGCUCUUAUAGAUAUGGCCAAGCACCUGGGAAACCUGACUUACAACAUCUGGAACAAGAUGAAGGGGGUGGUUUUUUACGCUCCUGGGACUCCAAAUGCUGCCCAUCCAGAAUGCUCUGUCUCCGAAGAUCUGACCAGUGAGAGGCACCAGCUUCCUGACAAGCCAGAAAGGUUUUGGAUUCUGUCCACUCACGAUGCCAGCAAAGUACGAGCCAGCGGCCCUGGGCUGACCAGCAGUGUCUCUGCCACAUUUCCCGCUGAGUUUAACAUUGAUGCUAAAGAUGGUGGCCAGGGCCAACUGAGCGUGCUCAUCACAGACCAGGGGGGUAAACAUAACCAGGCCAACAUCCAUGACAACGGUGACGGUACAUACCGGGUAUCAUACGUCCCCGACUGUGCAGGCUGGUACACCAUCAUUAUUAAAUAUGGAGGUGAUGACAUCCCAGCAUCACCCUACAGAGUCCAUGCCACAUCAGCUGGUGCUGCCAGCAGGUGCGCCAUGAGUGGUCCUGACAUGCAUCCCACUUUGGCUUUUGGUGAGGAGAUGUAUUUGUAUCCCAUUUCAGUGCCAGCACCAUUGGAGGAACACAGCCCUCAUUUGCUGCACAUUGUUGGGUUAUAUGGACUGCAGCAAGAUCUGUAAAGUCCACAAAGGCCAUGAAGCCCGCUAAAGCCAGAAGUGAUUAACCUUUAAAGGGAAUAGUCUGACUUUUACUUUAGAAAGCUGAAAAUUAUUCCCAUUAGCAACACAGAUACACAAUUAAAUCAAUUAGCUAAUGUAGUUAUGAGACUAGUGUCAUUUCACACUGAGAAUAUAAUAUAGCCUACAUUAAAGAUUAUAUUACUA